GUUAUGUUAUGCGAAUGCCCAAUGCCAAGUUUUACAAAUCGUGAAUUUUGCGAAGUUCUUAUCAUCAUUUCUCACUGAUCGCUAAAGUUAUUACCAUUUUAAGUUCUGUGUGAUGUGCGUAUCAUUGUGAUGGCCACAUCAAAAACCUCAAACACCUACAAUCGGCAGAAUUGGGAAGACGCUGAGUUCCCAAUUCUGUGUCAAACAUGUCUAGGAGACAAUCCGUACAUUCGAAUGACCAAAGAAAAGUACGGGAAGGAGUGUAAAAUUUGUGCUCGACCCUUCACGGUGUUCCGUUGGUGUCCUGGGGCUCGGAUGAGGUUCAAGAAGACAGAAGUUUGCCAGACUUGCAGCAGGCUAAAGAAUGUCUGUCAAACUUGCCUUCUAGAUUUGGAGUAUGGUCUGCCAAUUCAAGUAAGAGACACUGCACUCCAGAUCAAGGAUGACAUCCCUAGAUCAGACGUUAAUAAGGAAUAUUACGUUCAAAAUUUGAAUUCGGAGAUGAGCAAAGCUGACCCAACUGCACCAAUUGGAUCUGUUGGAAAAGCACAAGCAGCCAGUGACUUACUCUUGAAGUUAGCUAGGACAACACCCUAUUACAAACGGAACAGACCUCAUAUUUGUUCAUUCUGGGUGAAAGGAGAAUGUCGCCGUGGAGAAGAGUGUCCGUACAGACAUGAGAAACCAACUGAUCCUGACGAUCCCCUUGCAGACCAGAAUAUCAAAGACAGGUAUUAUGGAGUCAAUGAUCCUGUCGCCGAAAAAUUAUUGCGACGAGCAUCAGCAAUGCCUAAACUGGAUCCUCCAGAGGACAAGUCGAUAACCACUUUGUUUGUGGGUAAUCUCAACGAAAACAUAGAUGAGAAACAACUCAGAGAUCAUUUCUAUCAAUUUGGUGAAAUUCGAUCGGUGACCAUGGUGCCUCGACAGCAAUGUGCAUUUGUUCAGUACACAACCAGAGCAGCAGCAGAACAGGCUGCCGAGCGCACGUUUGGCAAGCUAAUCCUCUCAGGGCGACGGAUCAACAUCAAAUGGGGCCGUUCGCAGGCUAAACAAGCAACAACCACCUCAAAAGAAGACGAAACUCCCAAGCUUCAGCCAGUUCCUGGUCUUCCUGCCCCCUCAGCUUCUUCAAAAGAUAUGUCAGAAAAUUUCUUCGGUCUAAACAACCAAGAUUCACCCUUGCUGCCCCCUCCGCCUCCGUUCAUACCACCCCCUCCACCACCCUGUCCCGUCAUGUUCCCGCCCAUGCCAAGACCGCCCUCUGGGCUGCGUCCCCCUGGCCCACCUCCUCCACCCUUCUUCUACCCGCCGCAGAUGCGCUUCCCUCCUAUGAUGGCCCCUCCUCUCUUUGCUCCUGGCACUGGUCCGCUGUUGUCUGCAGAUUCGCAGAUCCAUUAUCCGUCACAAGAUCCUGCCAGGAUGGGCACUGUCAACAAGAGCUAAGAUUGUUUGAGCUUGUUACCUCAUUCAGGCUAAAAAAAAUUUUAUGCCAUUUUUAGAGGAUGUUGAGUCAAUUUGACUUCAUAUCAGGUGAAGAUGGAUUAUCAUUAAGAAUCGCAUUUAACCAUUGAAUUUAGAUACUAGACUUAAGAUUUCUGAAGUUCUGUGGUCCUACGAUUUGACUACUUCUUGCAAUGAGGAUUUGCUAUUUUUGGCUCACUUAUAAAAGCGCCUAUCUGCAUGAAGAAACUUAUGAUAUUUGCUGUUUCAGGAACGAGUCAGAAAUAGUAGUACCCUAUUGUGAAAUGUGCACAAAUUAGUUUGUCUCAAUUUUCUGAAUUGAAUAUUUGGUCUUAGCAUUUUUUUGCAAACUGGUGUAUCACAGGAAACUGAUGAUGGAAGACAGGGAAGUUCCGUUGAUGUUAGGUAUUCGUAGUGACAGCUUGUUGAGUAGAAUCUUGCUUUUUAUGAAUCAGUUUUAUUUGGCCACUUAAUUGAACGCGCGAAAACCGCUAAUGUCCAUUUUUCCAGUCUGAAGUUUUUUUGAGUUUAUAAUACUUUAACAGAGUUUUGAUGCCCUUUCUGUGGUUGCAACAAACUCCAAAUAGUAUUAUGAACUCAAAAAACUCAGGACUGGAAAAAUGGACUUUUGCAUUUUUGCGCUUCCUGAUUCAAUUCUGCUCUGCAAAACCAUGUUAAAGUAACAAUGGAGGCAAAAUUACCAUUCUAGUUACUAAAGAAUAUUUCACUUGAAGUGAUAAAAUUUGUAUUAGAUUUCUCUUCUCUAACCUAAAUGAGACAAUUUUUAGUAAAUUUGCAAAAACAAUUAGUACAAGACCAACUGGUGUUUCAUCUUAGCAUUCGAGAGGUGGCAGUUUCUAAAAUUUUAGAAUAAACGACAAGAACAGGACAAAAGUGUUCUGGUACUUUCUUUAAGAGCAAAGUGAUGGCAUUUUGUUUUUGUCAUCCCUGUCUGCAUAAUACUUAAUUCCUGUUCAAAAUCCGUAGCAUCAAGUGAACUGUCGCAAAUUGUAAAUUUUCUGAAAAAAUUCUAGCCUUUGGAAUAUUCUCCUCCUAUAAUAUUCUCAAUCUCUUUUAAGCAUACAAAAGGCUUUUUAAGUAACAUGACAGUUUACUGUGUGUGUUGAUACAUAUUCUUCUGCUUGUAUGUAGCAUUGGUAAGUAAACCUCUUACAAUGAAUCUGAAAAGUGGUGAUAAAGAAAAUUCUUCUCUGACAUUUUAUUACAUAAAUGUGCUUCCUCUGUAUUAGCCAAAUAGGCAAUGAGACAUAAAUCCUGUUUUAGGCUAAAGUUGUUUGACAAGUCAGGAUGAAAAAUUUUCUCAUAUGUGAGCAUGCAGACCUGAAGAUGGAAUAAGCACUUUGAAAUGCAUUGCAAACUAUCAACCACCAACAAAUCCUUGGGAAGAAAAAAAUAUAAUGUGUUAAGCAUUGAAUAUUUUGUAUAUUUAAGCUAAACCUUAAAGAAAGUAUGUAAAGAAUUUGAUAUUCUAUUUAGAUUUUCCCUACUGUCUCUAAUUGAGAGAAUUGAAUAUAAUUCUGAGUUGCUACUGAUGAUUUGUAAAAUUAUGUAAAUUGUUUUUCUGUUGUAAAUAUCCUUUGUGAAUAAAAAUGACUUCGAUUAUCAAAACAUCA